AUGGUGGAAGAGAAAGGCGAUACGGCAGCGGAGCGUAAGGAGGCAAAACCUCACAUAGCUCACGCAACGGUUGGCUAUGUGAAUCACUAUAAUGGAUACACGUACUCGAUUCGAACGUGGUUGUUUGACUGUUCGCUGUUUAUUUUGAAUGUGAUAUUCACGAUAUUCUUCCGAGAGAUCAAGGUUCGUGGUGGUCACAAUGUUCCUGGUACGGGUACGCCGACGUUGAUGGUUUGCGCACCUCAUGCUAAUCAGUUCAUCGAUCCGUCGCUGGUGAUGGUGACGACCAGGAAGCUGUUGAAGGACUCUGCUACGCGGUCGAGGCAGGUUUGCUUUGUCACCGCGGAGUCGAGCUUGAAGCAGCGGUUCGUCUCGCUGUUUGGCCGUUGUACUGGGGCGAUUCCGGUGCCUAGAGCGCAGGAUAAUUUGAAGCCGAUCGAUGCGAGCGUCAAAAUAUACUGUCCGGACCUGGAGAAUGCUCCGGAGGUGAUCAAGGGCCGGGUCGAGGGCGGCGGGUCGCCGGAGUUCAGCAGAAGGUUCGUUGCCAAGUCGCUGAUCGGGCUGCCCAACUAUUUGGGGAACGCGCAGAUUAGCGAGGUUUUGGACGACGAGACUUUGGUUCUGAAGGCGCCCUUCAAGUUUAAGAGCAAUGACAAGAUCAGAAAGCUGUUGACCGAGGGCACGAACUUCAAGUACGCGGCCAAGAUCGACAAUUCGAAGACGUUCCAGAACGUGUUUGACCAUCUGCACACCAACGGCUGCGUCGGGAUCUUCCCGGAGGGCGGGUCGCACGAUAGGCCGUCGCUGCUGCCGAUCAAGGCGGGAGUGGCCAUUAUGGCGCUCGGAGCGGCGGCAGCUGACCCGAAUAUGAGGGUGCACGUUGUGCCCUGCGGUUUGCACUAUUUUCACCGGGACAAGUUCAGAUCGAGGGCAGUGUUGGAAUACGGGGAGCCGAUCGUUGUGGGGCCCGAGUUGGGCAGAAAAUACGCUGAAGAUCCGAGGGGAACUGUGGAAGAUUUGCUCAAGACUAUCACUAACGCUCUUUAUGCCGUCACGGAAAAUGCGCCUAGCUUCGACGUCUUGAUGACGAUCCAGGCGGCGCGGAGGCUGUAUCAGCCAGCGAGAGGCAAAGUUUCGCUGUCUAACGUCGUGGAAAUAAACAGAAGGCUACUUAUCGGCUACUCCAAGUACAAGGACGAUCCGCGCAUCAUUCAUCUACAACAGAUGGUCAACAAAUACAACAAUGCCUUGUAUUCGCUUGGCUUGAAGGACCAUCAAGUUAUGGAGCUGAAAACUCGAAAGACUGAGGUGCUAAGGAGCUUGUUUGUUUUGAUCGAGAGACUGAUAAGACUAUCGAUAUUCUUCGUGCUCUCGCUGCCGGGGUCCAUCCUGUUCACACCGAUCUUCAUUAGCUGCAGCAUUUAUGCGAAGAAAAAGGCUAAAGAGGGUCUCUCAAAAUCGGUGGUCAAAAUAAAAGGGACCGAUCUGAUUGCGUCCUGGAAACUGAUGUUUGCCCUGGUGUUUGCGCCUAUCCUAUAUGUUACCUACUCCUUCAUUCUGGUCUUCCUGUAUUCCCGUCAUAACGUCUGGGUAUCUAAACUGUGGGUUCCGUUCGACAGCAAGCUUCUCCAAUUUUGCUAUUUCUAUGCCCUCUUGGUGUCUGCUACCUACUCGAGUCUCAAGACAGGGGAGAUUGGCAUGGACUUGUUCAAGUCAUUACCACCGCUGUUCAUUACCUUCAUCUACCCUGGAAAGAAAAUCAAGCAACUUCAGAGUAUGCGUGAGCGCUUAAGUCUGGAGAUAACAGCUGUGUGUAACGAAUUAGGACCCAAAGUCUUCCCUAACUUCGACAAGAUAAAAACACGUUUCGAUGAUCAUGUGGAGGAGGUAUCAUCAGAAGCUGAUGGUGAACUGACCGAGGAGACGCUCUUCAGUUCACGUAGCCGUUCGGCCUCGGUGCAUUCUGAAACUUCCAUGGCAUCGAAUGCGCUAUCCAAAAUCAACUCUCGCGGUUCUUUAACGGACGUUCCUAUUUUCUCAGAGGGGAAGCAUCCCGAGGAUCACAGUGAUGACGAACUGGAGGUUUCACCUGAACCGGAUGAAGGUGCCUCCAAAAUCACCGCCUUAAUUAGGAAGAAGUGGCAGCACGAGAAGGCAGAUUAA